AUGGAGCUCAUCGGCGCCAUCGACCAGGGCACCCAGAGCACGCGGUUCUGCCUGUACGACGCCAACGCCGUGCCCGUGGCAUCCGCCCAGCUCGAGUUCAAGCAGUACUACCCGCACCCGGGAUGGUGCGAACACGACCCGAUCGAGGUGUGGGAGAGUAUCAUGGUCGUGGUGGCACAGUGCAUGGAGAGGGCGAAGGAAGCACUGGGCACUUUUGAGGUCAAGGCGCUGGGGAUAACCAACCAAAGGGAGACCACUCUUGUUUGGGACAGGGCAACAGGAAAGCCACUGCACAAUGCCAUCGUGUGGUUGGACACUCGCACAAGAGAAAUUGCACAAAGACUGUCGACGCAGCUUGGUGACAAGGGCUAUUUUAGAGCUGUCACGGGGCUGCCCAUCAGCACAUACUUUUCAGGGGUGAAACUGCGCUGGCUGUACGAAAAUGUGCCUGAGGUCAAGGCUGCCGUAGAGGCGGGGACAUGCAUGUUUGGAACAAUGGAUUCUUGGAUCAUCUACAAACUCACAGGCGGUGUAAAUGGAGGAGAGCAUGUGACAGAUGUGACCAAUGCAUCUCGCACCCUCAUGAUGGACUUGGCAUCAAAGCAGUGGCAUGUUCCUUACCUGGAGAUUUUUGGGGCCAAGCCUGCCAUGAUGCCUGAGAUCCGAUCCAAUUCCGAGAUUUAUGGGAAGGUCAAGGAGGGCCUUUUGGCAGGCGUGCCGAUCUGUGGCUGUCUGGGUGACCAGCAGGCCGCUAUGCUGGGCCAAAGGUGUGUCACUGGUGAAGCCAAGAACACAUAUGGCACAGGGUGCUUCAUGCUGCUCAACACUGGUAACAAGAUCGUGCCUUCCUCCCAUGGCCUGCUGACCACUGUGGCCUUCCAACUGGGGCCUGAAAAGGCGCCACAGUAUGCUUUGGAAGGCGCCAUCGCGAUCGCAGGUGCGGUCAUAAGCUGGCUGCGCGACCAGCUGGGUGUCCUGAACACUGCAGAUGAGAGUGAGGCUGUGGCUCGUCUGGUGCCGGACACCAGUGGUGUCUACUUCGUGCCAGCAUUCAGCGGACUACUGGCUCCACACUGGAGGGACGAUGCGAGGGGCAUCAUUGUCGGGCUCACAACGUACUCCAACAGAAGCCACCUGGUCCGUGCGGCGCUAGAGGCGAUCUGCUUCCAGAGCCGGGAGGUGUUGGAUGCCAUGCGCAAGGACGCAAAUUUGGAUGCUGUCAAGGGGCUGAAGGUGGACGGGGGCGCCACAAAGAACAACCUCCUGCUCCAGAUUCAGGCUGACCUGCUGGGCGUCCCAGUCCUCCGGCCCGACAACCAGGAGACAACGGCCCUGGGCGCCGCCCUGGCCGCGGGGCUGGCCGUGAAGUUCUGGACGGAGGCCCAGAUCUUCCGGAGCGGCAGCGCCAAGCGCGACGAGUUCUCCCCCCAGGUGUCGCGCGCCGACAGGGAGGCCAGGUACGCGAAGUGGCGGAAGGCAGUGCAGAGGUCGCUGGACCUCACUGAUCUGGUCAGCUGA